AUGAGCGCGACUAAUGUCCCCCACCUCAAUCACCUAUCCAUAUCCCCCAUCCUGUCCCCCACUCCUCACCACAACACCAAAUCUCUUUUCUCUUCUUUCUCUUCGUUUCCUUUCUUUUCCUUCCCCGUAUUUUCCAGAACAGCCGCGCCCUGCCGAAUUAGGGCACGGGUUCCGACAUUAUAUAUCACCAAAAAUAACGUUUCUUUAUUGUUGAUGACCACUGAAAGGUCUCCUCUUCUUGAGCCCCGGUUGCACGGCGACGAAAAUCACCCAGGAUUUGAAAACGAUGUGGUCACAUUUGUUCAACAAAGAAGAGCUCUGAUAGCCACAGAACCAGAACAAGUACCUCAUUUUUAUGGCCAGGACCUCACCCGCCAGGUUCUGAGGGCGUCAAUGGUGCCGGAAAGAUCGCUCACUUUGGUGCCUACAAAGUCACAUUCUUCUACGGUUGGCGACGUAUCCGAUAUUCUCUCGCAUCACCGACUCUUGGCUGAACCAGAAACUUCCGUCAAGAAAGAAAUCAAGGUCCUUUUACGGUAUACGUUUCCAUUGGUAUUGACUUUCCUCUUCCAAUACUCGCUCGUGGUGGCUUCGGUUUUCUCCGUGGGUCGAAUUGGCCUGACAGAGUUGGCAGCAAUAUCGCUUUCUUCAAUGACCGCCAAUAUUUCUGGCUAUGCUAUUAUUCAGGGGAUUUCCACUUGCUUGGAUACCCUCUGUGCUCAGGCUUAUGGGCGCCACGACUACAAUAUGGUGGGAGUCCACUUUGCUCGGUGCACAUAUUUGCUUUUGUUGUUGUAUAUUCCAAUGGCACUUUUAUGGACCGUGGGAGCUGAACCUAUUUUGUUGCUACUUGUGGGUAAAGAAGAGACUGAAUUGUGCUACAUGGCCGCAAGGUACUUACGAGUGAUUUCCAUGGGUGUUCCAGGCUACAUUCUUUUUGAAAAUGCUAAACAUUUUCUUCAAGCUCAGGGAAUUUUCCAUGCUUCAACCUACGUUCUCGCAGUUUUUGCACCCAUCAAUGCUUUGCUCAAUUACUUGCUCGUAUGGCAUCCCGUCAUUGGUUUGGGCUUUAUUGGCGCUCCGCUUUCCGUCGUUAUAACCAACUGGGCUAUGAGUAUCCUGCUCUUUGCUUACAUUUACUUUGUCAAUGGGUACCAAUGCUGGCCGGAACAGCUGGUUUUCUCCAAAGCAUGCUUUAGAAACUGGGGCAGAAUGAUCCGUCUUUCUGUUCCGGGUGUCUUGAUGGUGGAAGCAGAGUGGCUAGCUUUUGAAAUCAUCACCUUCACCGCUUCCAAAUUUGGAACCGAGGUUCUCGCAGCUCAGUCCAUCAUCACCACCACUUGCGUUUUGCUCUAUCAAAUUCCUUUUGCCCUUUCGAUUGCGGCAUCCACCCGUAUUGCCUGGUACAUUGGCGCCGCUUCAAAGGCAGCUGCCAAAAAGGCUUGCUGGGCUGCUAUAUUGUCUGCUGUGGCAGUGGGAGUGGUGAAUUUCAUCGUUCUUUUGAUUUUUAGAGAACCGCUUGCAUCGCUCUAUACAAAUGACAAGAUUGUGCUUGCUCUCGCAACAAAAGUGCUUAUCGUCGGCGCAGUAUACCAAGUCAAUGACAGCUUAUCUUGCGCUUCUGGUGGUAUUCUACGCGGGCAAGGUCGCCAGAGAAUCGGCGGAUAUCUUAACCUAUUUGGAUACUACGGCAUUGCUCUACCAUGUGCUUUUGUAUGCGCAUUCUACUUUAAACUUGAAUUGUUGGGACUUUGGUUAGGAAUGAUAGUGGCAUUGGUGGUGGUGUCAAUGUCGCAAUGCUACUUUGUAGUCAAAAGUGAUUGGGACCAAAUUAUCAAUGAAAGUAUUAACGAGGGUGUGCUCGAGAUGCAUUAG